GAGGGAGAAAAAUUCAUGAAAGAGACAGCAACUUCAUGCACAGUAGUAGGUGCUCUUAUCAUUACCAUGAUGUUUGCUGCAGCUUUUACAGUUCCUGGAGGAAACAAUGAUGAUUCUGGAUUUCCCAUUUCCUUGAAUGAAAAAUUGUUCAUGAUUUUCCUCAUAUCAGAUUCCCUAUCACUUUUUUCCUCCACAACUUCAGUUUUGAUGUUUUUGGGAAUCCUUACCUCUAGAUAUGCAGAACAAGAUUUCCUUCAAUCUUUGCCUAGGAAGAUGAUGAUUGGGCUUUUCACUCUUUUCUUCUCCAUUGCCUCCAUGAUGGUUGCCUUUUGUGCUACACUUUUUAUUGUGCUUAGAGAGAGAUAUUCAUGGAUUUUCAUUCCUGUCAUUUGCCUUGCUAGCAUUCCUGUCACCUUGUAUUUAUUCUUGCAGUUUCCUCUUCUGGUUGAUAUUUUCCGUUAUACUUAUGGAGGAGGAAUCUUUGAUAAGAAGGCUAAGAUUUUUCGUGUUAAACAUGAUAGGAAAUCACUAAGAUUUGGACAUAGGAGGUAGGUGUGUAGUAUGCGGUUUUUUCUCUUUUUUAAUGUAUCUGGAUGUUUGUAUUAUAUAUGUUUCCUAAAGCAUUUCUCAUGCAUAUGUAACUUAAUUUUUUCUUUUGUCUGAAUGGAUUUGGUCGGUAAAACUAUUUCACUUAUAAUUUAUUGUGCUUUUUAUUUGAUA